AGUGCGCUCAGACAGUUUUCAUUUUGUGAGACGCUUCAACUGUGGCCUCACUACAGAACACUACCCUCUAUAUGGCACCCUUUGUGCCAAGCUGUCAUCCUGCGUUUUUGAAUGGGACCAGGACGAUGUGCAAUGCCUGAAGGAGGCCAAGAGAGAGAAGUGGAAGAGCAGCCACAGUGGAGAUGUUCCCACUGAGGAACAGCUUAUGGCCACUGUCAACCCAGGAGAACUAAAGAGACACUGCAGGAGGAGGACCCAUGGAGUGGAUGAUUUGGACUGCUGGAAUCAGUGUGGGACCUCACAGACACCACAGGGCUGCGUUUGGUGAGCCAUGACAGCAUGCGCCACAUCUGGGAGAUGCAGCAGAAACACCUGGAGUGCUUCCAAGGUGUUCAAGGUGGAACAUGGGCCGGGCCAAGGAGGCAGUAGCUGGGGAGGGGGCCUCGACCCUUAGAAGCUUCGAUGUCCGCCUGAUGUCCCACCUCAACAGCUUAAGACAGCGUGUCCAUGGUUGUAAUCUAGUGACAGAAUUCACCCCACCCGGGAAACCUCUACUGAUGAGCGCAUAGCGGUGGAAUAUUUAUUGGACCAGACCAACAGAGGGGACCUGCUUGCGCCAUUGCAUGUCCCUGAAAUUUCAUCACAGGUGCCAGAGGAGGAGGAGGCAGAUGAGGCAGAUGUCACUAUAGACAUGUCUGAGGAGGGGGCUACUGAUUCUUAUGAGCAGUCGGUGGAGGGUGACACUGAUCCCGAAGUCGUUGUCACAGAGACCAGCCCAAGUGACUCGAGAGGGGUUGUGGGAUGGGAGGCAGUUGAUGCCCUGGUAGCCUACCUAGUUGGCUUGAACCGGACCAUCACUGCUUUGUCAGCCAAGGAGGAGGCAGACAUAGUGCGCCUGUAUGCAGCUCUCCAUGCCAUGGUCAAGGCAAGAUACACCCAGAAGGCUCAAAAAAAAAGUCACGUGGAUCAGCAGGACCGUAGGGAGCACCCAGGAAGCUGAGUGGCUCUGCUCCUGGACAGCAGGCGUCAGAAAGACUAUACAUGACUCAUGGCCAAGUAGCCCAGGACCCUGAAGUAAACAGGGUCAGUGAGUGUGUUUGCCUCAGGCUUGCCAAAGAGUUUGAGCAAGCACGCAACAGGCCAAAGGACACAAAGGGGAAAACCUUGCCCAUCCCUCAGUCUAUUGUCAGUGUCUACGGCAACAUCAGACAGCUGCUGGAGGACAGCAGGGUUGUCUUGGACCAGACAAACAUGGUUCUGGUGCCCCUGAACAACACUACUGUCUCUUCAUGGCUGCUUAGGAGGGAUAAGAGGAAGGACAGGGACAUGCUGCUCCAAGACACUGUACUUCCUGAACAGCCUCUCCCUGCAGCAAACACACUUCUGGCUGCCCCUGUGCAACAUGCACAUGAUGUUAUGACCUUUGAGGAGCCAGAAAACUGUGAGGGAGAAGCUUUCCCCCGUCAGCGCACUCUGGCAGCUAACAAGCAAUCUGGGAUCAAUCCACCAUUUCCACCUCUCAUUUUCCCUCCACAAUUUGGGCCAGUUCCUCAGUUUCAGCAUCCUCCUCCAUUUCUGCCUGCUCACUCAUAUUUGCACUCCCCAUUUAUUUAUGCUCCAUGGCAGCAAGCUCUUCCAUGUCCUGAUGCUCCUCCACUGCAGCAACCUCCUACAGCGUGCCUUCCAUCUCAGCCAAGGCAACGUGCCUGGAGGCUGAAUAAAACUGCCCAGGAGGAUGAGGAGCUAGCGUCAAGGGGGGAACCACCAAAGAAGAGGCUAUCAAAAGAGCAGUACCACUACACCUGCAAGCAGUGUGGCCAGGACAAAAGCAAAAGAACUGGACACACCCAGGUGAAGGGGCGGUGGUACUCUCCAGCCUCAGGACUGUCCCUCGAAGACUGGAGGAACAGUUUACAGUAGGGGUGAUAUCAAAGUCUCACGAUACGAUAUCGUCACGGUAUGAGCCUCACGGUACCUUAUUUAUUGCGAUAUCAUGGGAAAGCUCACGAUAUGGUGGGGAGGCUCACGAUUAGGAAUGUAACAAUAUCCAAAUCUCUUGGUGCGAUGUUUUCACUAUGUACAUCUUACGGUAGGAUAUUUAUUGCAAUAUUUUGUGGAGGUUAAACAGCUAAAACUGUUUCUGUGCUACUUUUUCCUCUUUAAAAUGCCUUGACAAGAUUUAAUCCAAAGAACUAAGACCUAAAACAACUGUUAUUUCUUUAUGUAGUCUACACUGAAUUGUUACAUCCCUAGUUUACAGUAGUUUUAUUGUUUCAGCUUCAUCUUGAUGAUGAUGAUUAUUGUUGUUAUAAUAUUAUUGUUAUAUAUUGUGAUAUUGUUACAUUAUAUUGUUAUUAUAUUAUUGUUCUAUAUUGUUAUAUUAUAUGGUUAUACUAUUAUUAUUAUUUAAUCAUUUAUUUAAUUUUGUUUAAAGGAUUUGUUUUACAGCUCUUUAUCAUAGAUAUCUCUCUGUCUCUUCUCUCUCCUCUCU